AACAGUGUUGCGGAUGGAAAACUCCGCGCAAGUGCAACAUUGUGUAGCCGAACGUGCGGCGGACAAAGGGAAGUCGCAACGUGGGAAGAAAUGUUCGGACGUCCCACUCAGUCCAACUACAGUGCUGAUUGCUGACAUGCCUCGGUCGGGCCAUCGACUGUGAAUCUGGUGCAGUAUUACUGUUUGCUCUAAUUUUGCAGUUUCUCUCGCAUUCAUGUGAAAUAGUCAUGAUCACGCCCAGUUUCGAAUUAAGUCAAGAUGGUAACUUCCUCAGUAUUAUAAUCCAUAUCCCUUAUGCAAAAAUUAAUGAAGUUGACUUGUACAUUGAUGGAGUGGACUUCAAAUUUUAUGUCAAACCUUACUUCUUAAGAUUGACUCUUCCGGGAAAGAUUGUGGAGGAUGGAAGAGAAACAGCUGCAUAUGAUGCAGAUGCAGGAAUUUUUACCAUAAAAGUUCCGAAGGAAACCCCUGAAGAGUAUUUUGAGGGAUUGGAUAUGCUGACUGCACUUCUGGCGCCAAGGGGAUCAAGAUCUGCAAAGCCUCUAGUGGAAGAACUUGGACAACCUGCUAACGCCGAAAUUGAAGAUGAAGAAUUUGAGUGGGAAAUUGAGCAAACACCCUGUGAGGAAUUCGAAAAGAAUGUUUUCAAUUCAAGCUAUUCCUAUGGUUUUGGAAAUCUACGAUCAGGAGUCUUCAGAAGAUUACAGAAUGAGCUCAGCGAUGUGAUUGACCUGAAGGAACCUGAUAGCACAACUCCAGUGGAACGUCGGCAGAGACGUCUGGCUGCUGAAGAGGCCAAGUUUGACUCUGACCAUUAUCUUGCUGAUCUCUUUGAAGAUGAUGCCAUUCAGCAUUUGCUGAAGUAUGAACCUUGGUGGCAAAACAUUCAGAGGGUAAAAGAAAAUACCAAAGAAACUCAGACUGAAGAAAAUGAUUUGACAGAUUCAAGAGGACAGUGUGUCAAAUUCUCCGAGGAUGAAAAGGAGCAGCUGCGAAAAUUUACCAACAGAAACUACCUGCUGGAUAAAAGCUCUUGUCAAAUUGCCUUCACCAGCCUGGUUGACAUACUGCUUGCCUAUGCAUAUGAAGUUCGCAGCACUGAAGGGGAAACAAAUACCGAAUCGUCAUGGAACGUCUGGAAACUCAGUGGAACGCUUUGUUGGCUUGAAACUUACCAUUCUCUUCAGGAAGUCGUCGUAUCCUUCAGCAGAAGAGUUUUGUGUUAUCCGUUUUACCGACAUUUCCACUUGGCUCUGAAAGCUAUUGAGGAUGCAGUCUUAAUACUUCUGUUGGGUAAGUCUGCUGUUUUGAAAUGUUUGCUGGCCAUCCACAAAAUCUUCAGGGAGAGUGACCCUGCUUACCUCUUCAAUGAUCUUUACAUCACAGACUACUGCAUCUGGAUCCAGAAAGUGAAGUCAAAGAAGCUUGCUUCGUUGGCUAAAUCGCUACAGAAUGUAGAAGUCACAAAGAGUGAUUUGGGCUUUGAACUAAGGGAACUGGAGGAAGCAGCAUUAUUAGUUCAACAGGAAGAAAGUAAGAUCAAACAAGGGAAGAAUGACCCGCAACCAAUUCAAUCAGAAAGUGAUUCAGAGGAUGAUGAGGACUCCACCAGCUCAUCCUCAGAUACAGGAGAAUCUGAUUCGUGUGAAAGUGAUUCGUCUAACCAGAGCAGUUCUGAAGGAACGUGGAAAAACGGAUUGCUUCUUGGAAAAGAGGCUGACUAUGUAACUGAUAUAGAAGUUAAGGAGCCUUUGAUCAAAUUGAGUUGUGGCAAAGAAGCUGAACACAUGGCGGACACGCAGUAUCCAGACAAAUGUGCUUUGAGGGAAGAUCCCACUGCUAAAUCACCCCCGAGAAGAUUGAUAGAAGAACUUGCAGAUCAGUUGCAGUCAGUGGGGCUCUCGGAGCACUGUGAAAAAUCUGCUAUUGAGAAUUCUAAUGCUUCAGAGCACAAGCAAACAAGCCAGCCUGUUCAGAGCUUGGCACAGGACCAGCGUUCACAGACGACCUCACAGCAGACUUUCUUAGAGGUGUCUCCUGAGAGGAAUUGCCUGCUGCUCGUUGCAGGUCCUGAUAAUACAGAGGAUUUUACAAACCUGGCCUGAGUCCAGGUUGCAUGCUAGAAAAAAUAAACUGAUUUACAUGUGUAAGCAUCUGAUAUUAGUUAAUGUACUUGCUAAAUCACUUCAGAACAGCAGAAUAUGCAGCUAAAGCUUUGAGGUUUUCUCUUAUUUUACUAGAUUUAUCUGUACAUAAGCAUCUUAUUCUAGUAUUAAAACAAAACUUGUAAUUGCUGUCUCCAAUGUGUGUUGUGAUGACAAAUCAUUGCACUGUUAAGUUUACCUCUUGUUAUUUAACUUGUGAGACUGAUAUGGGUCGGACCAUUUGUAUUUAAUUCCAACUUACUGCUUUUACUAGCCACAUUAAAUAACAGCAGCAUGCUGAAAAAUUAAUGAAGUGACAGGGAGUGACAGAAUGUGGUUUUGCAUCUUGGCAUCCCCCUGGGCUUGCACUAGUUGUCCCUUGAGGGAUGUGUCUUGUAAAUGGAUCAUCUGCUUCUUUUCGCUGUAAUGUGAGGAAAGGAGAACUUAAAGGGAAGCAGAAAUAAUUAAUAAGUUGUGGGAUGAGAAAAAUGGUAGGUGGAAUUGCAGAGCGCUGAAUCCACUUGUGCUAAUAGUGUCAAUCAAAUGUGGGCGUUGAAAAGGAUGGAGUGCUUAUUAAAGCUGAAGUCAAAGAAGACUUUGACCUGGAAAGCUCUAAUUGAAGAGGAUGGAAGAGAGCUGACAGGUUGAACUGGAGCCCUUUGAAUUCAACUGAAUUUUAAUAACUGAAACUGCUUUGUGGAUAAAAAUCUGAACUACUAACUGACAGGGAAAUAAAUUACACAGAAAGUCUU